GAAUCCAGAUGGGAUCGCCAAGGCGUCGCCGCCAGCUGUGCAGCGCUGGGAGGCAGACAGCUUCCGAGUGCCAGUUGCUAACUAUGAGGAACGAGCUAUGGUCACCGACAAGUCAGGAUACAUUGAGGGCACUCUUCCACACAAGAUGAGUGUGGAGUCAAAGUUUGUGCUGGGAAGUCAUAUGUUGGGCAGGCAGAAAUGUCGCAAAGGGCAGAAUUUGAAAUCUCAGAUGGUCACUGCAAAGAUCCAGGAUCGAUACGCAAAAGCAGUGGGUCAUAUUUUGUCUUUUCUGGAGCAUAUGAAGUCAGAUUUCGUGUCUUGGGACAACUUUGAUGAAUCAGUCUGCGCUUGGAUUGAGUUCGCAUAUUCGGAUGGGGAACACAAAUCCCUCGUCAACUUUGCCCUAGCCGGGUUGCAGUUUUAUCUGCCCGCCUGUGUUGGCAGGCUUAAGCAGGCCUGGCGGCUGGCAAAAGUGUGGCAUCGUAUAGAGCCACCCCUGCGCGUGUUGCCCUUGUCACCCUUGCUGACCGCGGCGUUUGCCGGGGCGUGUGUGCUCAUGGGCUUUACUGGAGAAGCAGCAGGGUUCCUGAUUGCUUUCGACUGUAUGCUGCGGUCGGGUGAAUUGUACAACUUGCAAUGCAAAGAUGUUACUUUCAUGCGAGACAAAGCGGUCCUCAGCUUGGGCAAAAGCAAAACUGGCAAGCGUACAGGAGCAAAUGAAAUGGUCGUUGUGGAAUCGCAAAUAGCGGUGCGUUGGCUGCGCAUAGCUUGCUCCACGUUGCGUGCAGAAGAUUAUCUUCUCCAGCGCGGAGAACGGUUCUUCCGCAAGCUUUUUCAUGCUUUGGUCGAGCUCUUCGAGGUUCCGGGUUUCCUGACGGUUUACAGUCUUCGAAGAGGUGGGGCUGCAUGGAAUUUUCUUUUCCAUGGCAGCAUGGAGAAAACGCUAUUACGAGGCCGCUGGUCUAGUAGCUCAACACGCGUAUCUACUUGCAAGAUUCGGCGGCCACAGUUAGCCUCUUGCAGCUCAGACCAAGCCAGCGCAGGAUGGCACAAACUACUGCAGCCGCGUUGA